UCACACCGUUUGAGAGUUCAGCACAGAGGAGAGACAAACGAGGGAGUUCUGAUUCGUACCAAAACGAAUCGAGCUCUUUGAUUUACUCCUAGAAAACAGUGAGCCAACUUUAUUUGUCCACACCAGCCUCCGUCAUCGCCCUCCUCCGCGUGCUCUCACUUCAGUCUCACCUGUUGACGCCGACAGCAGCAGCUUUACACGGAACGAGCUGUCAAAUCCCCGGGGAGGGCUUGAAUCAAACCAGGUGGAGAUAAAACAAGCAGGAAACUGGAGAUAACGUGCCUGUCAGCGUCACAGAAAACAUUUGGAGAGCGUGAGGGAACUUCACGCGCUCCUGUAUGUUAUAAUCAGAGGAGCUACAGCUGCUAUCGUCAAGGUUGGAGCAGGUUUUUCAGAAAUGCCCCAGCACAACAUGGAGAGCACCAGGAGUCAGUGGCAGCAGGGACUGCGGCCGCCGUGGAUCACCAGAGUGGCCGGCGGUCAGAGCCCCGCCUCCUCGGGGGCGGAGUCAGACACAGAGAGUAGCAGCACGGAGAGUGAGCGGUCUUGUGCUAAAAAGCUGGAAGGAGGCUCCUUAAGGAUCCUGCAAUCACCCUCAAUGAUCCAGCGGCGAAUCACAGAGAUUGACCAGCACAAGGAGGAACUGAAGAUCGAGCUGCAGUUGGAGAUCGCUCUGCUGCAGGGCGAACUGCAGACGGAGAAGAACCAGCUGCUCAAACACACACAGAAGCUGCAGAGUCUACAGCAGGAGGCUAGACAAAGAGAGGAGCUCAGACAGAAGGGCAGGCCGAAGGAGCGAGAGAGGCUGGAGGAGGAGAGGAGCAGGGUGGAGGAGCUGAAGAGGAGGUGUGAGGAGAAGGAGAAACUGAUCCCCAGUCAGCCAGAGAGCCAGAGGGAACAGCUGACUCUGCAACUGCAGCAGGAGAAGGAGACGAUGGAAGCAGCAGUCCGCGCCUUCGAGGACUGGGAGUUUCGUGUUCUGGAGCAGGAGAGCGGCAUCGACGAGGAGGACGAGAGCUCGACAGCUAAAGAGAAGGAGGCAGAGAGUGACGGAGAGAUGGAGAAGGAGAUCUCAUGUCAGCAGAGUGCAGUCAACAAAGCACAGGAGCGAGUCCAGCACUUGGAGCGACAGCUGAAGGAGAUGGAGAGGCAGAAGGAGAGGGAGCUGAACGCCCUGAGGAAGGAGAAGAGGGAACUCGUCCACACCAGUCAGACGGUUCUCAAAGAGAAGAAGCCUCUUGCUGAUUGGUCAAACGUCACUGGCUCCACCCCCUGCAUGAUGUCACUUUCUCCUCUCACUGUUCAUAAGCCUCCUCAGGAGCCAUCCAAAGAGUCGGCCAGUUUGCCCAGAAGACGGAGUUCAAAUCGAAACCGACUGAGUGACCGGCCACUGUCUGCACAGGGGCUGGUUAGGACGCUCCCAGACAAUCCUGAGGCUUUUACCUCCCCACUCCCCUCCCUCAGGCUCAGCAACGGGCACAGCAGCAUGCACAGACCCCCGACCACCAACGGCGGAGGACUUGUCACUCCCUGCAACAGUACGACAAGCUCUCGAGCUGCCAGCCCGUCUCUCUUGGACCUGGUGGAGAUCGAGAAGAAACUGAGAGAAGCUAAAGCCGAAAGAGAGAGGCUGCUCAGAGAGCGGGAAGAGCGACGGCGUUUGUUGUUGGAGGAGAGGAGGCAGAGGGAACUAAACUCUCCUAGAACAGAACCAGUCGAGCCUGAACCCUCACCCAGUCGAGAGCCAGAACCAAAGGAGGAACCAAAGGCCUGUUCUCCCCUUAGGUCCCCAGAGCCUCGCAGCCUGCCGCUCUUCCUCUCCCCUAACUUCGACCUGCGGGCACACCUGGAGUCUCUGGGUCACGGUGUAGCUGGCUGCACCGACCUGCGACUGACGUCUCGACGCUGUGCAGGCUUCCUGACCAAACGAGGGGGGAGGGUGAAGACCUGGAAGAAAAGAUGGUUCCUGUUUGACAUGGAUCACAGGCGACUAGCUUACUAUACAGAAUGUGAUGAGAGGAAGCUAAAGGGAGUCAUUUAUUUCCAGGCCAUUGAAGAAGUUUACUACGACCAUCUACGAACAGCCACUUCUUCUCCACGGCCCAGUCUUACCUUCUGCGUGAAGACAUACGACCGUCUUUUCUUUCUGGUGGCUUCUAAUGCAGUAUCCAUGAGGAUUUGGAUGGAUGUCAUCGUCACUGCAACAGACGAGCACAGCCGGUAUUGACACCUGGCUACUGUGACUGUGUAAUCCUUCAGGGACACUGUUGAGACAUUAAAUAGUUUUUUCCUUUGCCCUGUGUGAGGGGCUGGUGUGGCUGAGAAACACCUCAGGGACUGACUCUGUACCUGGACUCAGGAAGCUGUAGAUCUGAGACACGGAGGUACAGUGGUUCAAGUGGCUCAAACACAGUGGAGGAAACGGUUACUGAAGGAGUGUUGCUGAAGUGAUGACUGGGGCUGGGCAAUAUAUCACGGUUUUGAGACAUAUCUGAACAUUUUUUAAAUGAGAGAAAGGCUAAUAUAAUGUUUUUAUACAUAAUAAUAUAGUGUAUGUUGAUGUUGACUCCAAUGCAGGCCAAAUGCUCAGUAAAAAGAUUGUUUACAGACAGGACCACUCACAGUAAUAUGCUUAUUGAUCACACAAUAAUCUGUGCUUUGUUAAGUCCGAACAGGGAGUUUCCAUAUUGUUUAUUUUAUUUAAAUUAAGGGGCAUUUAUAUUAGAUAAAAAUCAAAUGAGUGAUACCAUGGCAGCAAUAAUAGAAGUUCUAGACACCCAAUUUUGGAUAUUUUUUUUAUUUUUAUUGCUUUAAAUUGAAGGCAAACUCCUGCACAAUGUCAGUGGAUAGACCUGGUCAGUGCUCUCUCUUUUGGUUAAAAACAUGACUGAAGAUAGUUAAAGUUCUGUACUUUCUAGUGCCAUGGAUCGUUGAAAUAGUCACUCUAAAACAUAUGGUACUUUAAAGAUACAGUAUGUAGAAUUUCAGCAGUGAAAUGUGCUGAAAAAGAAGAGGGAUAAUUCUGCACAUUAACGUUUUUUCAUCGGUUUUCUGUUGUCAUGAUCGUGCGCAGUGGGGCAGCCCAAUGUUGUUUUCUUUUUUUUUCAUUAAGAUUUAUUAUAAGUCUUUUUUACUUUUAUUGGAGAGAUAGGACAGUCUAAAAAGUUGGAUACAGAUGAGAGAUUGGGGAAUGACAUGCAGUGAAAGAGCCACAGGCUGGACUUGAACCUGGACCUUGUCAUAACAAAGAUAUCUGCUGAGAAUAAUUAAUUUUCCACUGACAAAUUUAGCUCCUAAUUUCUCAUGUAUUAUCUAGUAUAGCACUGCACAUCCUGCUUUUGGGCACAGCCAGAAAAACAAGAACCUUUUCAAGGUUUAUUUCUACUUCUCUCUUUCACAUUUAUCUGACUCUGAAAAUGAUUACAUCGAUCUUUUUUCCUUAGUUUCCAUAUAGAAACUUCAGCGCAUUAACACCCAAGACAGCUCCAUUAGCAGUGCCUUUCAGCCUUAUAUGUAGCCGAUGGAGGAGACGGGGGUGUUUACGGCCUGAAAUUUCCAUGUGAAAACUUCCAAACUUCAUUGCAUGACUUUAUCAUUCAAAAUUGGCUUUUAUAGCCGAUCAAAACAAUAUUUAUAAUCCCCUUUUUCAAUAUUUGCUGCUUGCAAUACUGCAACCAGCUGUUUGCAACUUGACAAGCUGAAUUGUAGGCAAUAGCAUUAGACGGCUUGAUUUGAGCUGCAACAGCUGGGUUUAGACUGCUGCGACUGUUGAAGGUGACAGUAUAAAAACGCCUUGUUUACAUCACUAGUCUUUUGUCUGAACUGGACUUAAGAGUAGCUAUACAAAGCCUCAAUAAAUAGAAAGUCACCUAUCUUUCUGUACAAUUUAGACAACGUAAAGGAGUUUGUCUGCGAUUCUUGAUCAUCAUAAAUGACCCAUUCUCCAAUAUUGGGUGUCAAGGUCUUCUGUUUUUGUUGCUGUGGUAUCAAACAGGUUUCAGUAUCAUUAAUUUUGACUAGAAUGACAUCAAAGUUUACAAUUAAGGUAUUGUGACAACUAUUUGUUAUUUUUUCACUCUAAGAAUGAUCAGAAUAUGAUUUUUGGUCCAUUUUGCCCAGCCCCAGUGAUGACAGAGGUUGACCACUGUCAGCCUGAAUACUGGGAGCCUGUUACUGGGAGGUCUGAUGCACACUUUGAGCUUUACCUCCCCUUGCUGGUCACAGUCCGCUAUAACAGCCUGUAAUGCUAUUACAUGCCGGGGAUGAGUAGACUUCACUACAGCUAACUGUGCAGGGAUUAAAGUUCUUCAAUUUGAUAAUUGGAUUGAUGUUUUGAUCAUUGUCUAUCCGGCGGGACAACAUAAAUCAAAGGGAGCAGAGUGUUAUAACAUUGCCUGCAAAUCGCUGUUAUUUUACUGUCAGCCAGGUCCUUCAAGUGAAUCCAGUAGUUUAGAUGUAGUUUUUAAUGUCUGUUGAUGUCGAUGUGCCAAUCAGAUCCUUCAUCUCGUCUUCAUCGUGACGUCCGCUGGAAGACUUCGUCUGCCCUCGGUAAAUAGUCAACUUUUAUUUCUGUAGCUCACAGUAACGCGCAUUGCUAGCUUCAUGUUGGGAGACAGCACUCUGCUGGCUCCGUGUAAAGUGAAUCACAUGUGAAUGAUUGUUUGUGACACGGUAGUUUGCCGGUGGCGCCCUGAGUAAAUAGCAGCUUCUGGAAACACUAAACACGGCUGUAUGCACGUCCUCACACUACAAGUCUUCAGCAUAGCGACAACGAAACAGCGCGAUAUCAAAUAACGGUUGAAUAUCGACCGUUAGCAGCCACCCUUCAGACGUUGAAUCAGCUGAACUAUCAAUAGCUUACUUUUUGGCGUGUUUUCAACUCUGUGGUGUAAGGUAACUAAGUACAUUAACCGAAGUACUGUAGUUAAAUACAAAUCACGAGACUUUUACUAGUACAUUUCUAUUUUCUGCUUGCUCAAGUUGUCUCAAAAGGAAAUAUUGUACGUUAUUACUACAAUAUUUGCCAUGUAAAACACUACGGCAGCUACUUGAUACUUGUCUGAACAACACCACUACAUUGGUCUUAUAAUUUGAUAUAAUAGUAAACUCCUGAAUAAUUCUAUUGGACAAGAGGCAUUCCAUGAGUGCUGAUAUACAGUACAACAGCUCUGGGAGUUUAAGUGACUUUUCAGCGAACAGUCUUAUGUCUUAAAGAAGCUCUUAUCCCACAUCCAAGAAGGCAGAAAAAACAAUGAUAACUUAACAGGCCACAUGCAAAAUUUAUGUACACAGAAACAUAGGCAGCAUAAGUAGAGACUUCAGGAAAUUGCUAAUGAGAUGCAGUCCAGUUCCAGUUAAGUUUUGGAACUGGUUGUGUUGGUGAAAGAAAAUGUUUUAUUGUAAUUAACAACUGAAUGUACAACUGUUGGAUAAAAGCAAGAUCCCUCAAAAGGGAGUGCUGUUGUCCUGAAUUUCUGCACACUAUUAGUAUCUGAUGCUCCUGGCAGGUGUGCUGUGUAUUACUGAAUCACAGCUGUGCUAUUAUACUGUAUUAUAGCACUCGUUUGAUAAUGGCAAUAUCCCAUUAGAGGGAGUGCUGUUGUACUCAAUAUCUGCAUGCUACUAAUAUCUCAUGCACUUGAAAGGUGCAUUUAUGUGCAUUAUUAAAUCACAGUUGUGUUGAUAUUUGGCAUUACAGCACUCAUUGAUUAAAACAGUUUCCCACAAGAGAGUGCUAUUUUACUGAAUAUCUGCAUGCUACUUAUAUCUUCUGCAGUCAGCAGGUUAGAGGCUAAGCAACACCAGCUAAUAUUUUCAGCACUGCAGAAGAGGAGCAGUUCAUUGAUGUCACCUCAGAUCAAACAAUGUUAUUGCAGUCAAGUCUAACGCAUUGUCUAUAUUUUGGAUUGGAGUAGAUUAAAGAACCUUCUGAUAGGCAGAGGAUGGCCACUCUCUUCCUCUUUGUAACAUCCUUACUAUGUGAGAUGGGGUUUUCUGCCAUUGCCUCAAUCAAAACAACAAACAAGUUAAAUUUGGUUGAUUGAUUUUUGCAGCUAUUCAAUAAAAAAUGGUACUUAAAAUAAUCAUAUGACUUUUACUUGUAACAGGAAAUCCCUCCAGUGUGGUUUUGCUACAUGAGGACACCUUUAUUUAAGUCUCAGGGUACUUCUGCCACUAUAGAUAAUGUAUUUGUAUGUCAGUGACAGUCAAAAAGAAGUCCCAAAACCCUCCGUUUGCUCUUCGCAGUAAGUCAUUUUUCUCAUGCUUAACUUUACAACCACAGAUUUGUUGAAAUCAGCCACAACUGUCGACUCAUUGAGCUCUUCUUUAAAAGGACUAUUUUUACUUUAAUCCCUGCACACUACAAACGGAUAUGGACAAAAUAAUGGAUACACUUCAACAAUAAAAUGCAAUCAAACAUACAGUCUAGCUGUAAUAUUCCCCAUGAGACAGAGAGGGGGCUUUCUGCUGGAGCAGUUUUGCUUCUGUGUUUGGUUGCUUUGCAUUGUUCAUUUUUCUGCUAUUAUGUCCAUACCUUAUAUCUUUGUCAUUAUAGGUUUAAUUUUCAUGAAUUAAGUUAUUUUUUGAAAAUUUAUAUGGGUUUGAUAUGCAAAUAAAUGAAGGCAUA